AUGGCUAUGAACAAGAUCCCAGGCCACGAUAUUUAUAUCGGAGGGAUUCUAGCUGUCAAGAACAAGGCUGCUUUGAGUAGAACCAAUGUUACGCACAUCGUCUCAGUGCUCCGACUAAAUCAGCCUGAUGAGACCUUCGCAGGAUACCAGCAUCACUGCAUCGAUGCAGACGAUGUGGAGGAUGAGAAUCUUCUAGAGCACUUUCCCGCGGCCAUCAAGUUCAUCCAGGCGGGUUUAGAUGCUGGAGGAAGCGUCCUUGUGCAUUGCGCAAUGGGGAAAUCCCGCUCCGCCACUAUCUGCAUUGCCUAUCUGCUCCAUCGGCAGCGUAGUGGGCUGAACGUUCAAUCUGCGCUUGCCCUCAUUCGACAAGGCAGACCACUUUGUGAACCAAACGACGGUUUUAUGGAACAGCUGUCUAUCUAUCAUGAGAUGGGAUGUCCAGACAAUGUGACUGAGCACCCGCUUUACAAUCGGUGGCUAUAUCGCCGCGAAGUAGAAGACAGUGUGGCCUGCGGUAGAGCACCUGAGAUGCAAUCGAUCCUGUUCGAGGACGAGCAGCCGCAGAGGCCUGAAGAGACUAGUGAUCGGACUACGGAGAUCAAGUGCCGCAAAUGCCGGCGUACGCUGGCCACCACGCCAUUCAUCAUACCACAUGGCCAGAAAUCCAAUGGCAGGUCGACAGACUGUGCUCACAUCUUUCUCCAUCCAUUGACAUGGAUGCGCCCGUCUCUAUUCCCGAACACCACUGCAGAUCCCCCAGCAUCCGAAUAUGGUUCGCGUCCAGAUGAUGCUCCAUUGUCUGGUCGUUUGACAUGUCCAAACACAGCUUGCGGGGCGAAUAUUGGCAAGUUCGCGUGGCAGGGGAUGCAGUGCAGCUGUGGCGAAUGGGUGGUCCCCGCCAUUGGCCUGGCCAAGGCCAGAGUCGACAUGUCAGAACGGUUCAACAUGGCGCGUGGGCCCGGAAAUCGGCCACCGGCUGCCUUCGGUAUCCGUAUGCCACCUGGCAUGAGAUCUCCGGGAGAGGAGUCGGGAACCGGGCGUGGAAAUCUCUGA